AUGAGCUGGUUCAACAAAGCGGCGCUCGAAAUCCGAGACCUGAACCUUGCUAUAGCUCUACACCACCUUACCACCGCCUUGAAACCACGGCCCUUCGCCAACAGCAUUUGUAAGAAACCUCCCACUGACAUGGAUGACCUGCAUCGGCGAGCCGACAAAUACAUGCAGAUGGAAGAAUUGGCUGAGUUUCGGAACCAAGCCCGAGCAGAGGUGUCGGCAAAACCUGACAAACCGGUCGAGACUAAUUUUCGGAGUCGUCCGAAAAAGCUGAUUCCUCAUGAGAGGCCUCCUCGCGGGCCGAGGUACUCACAAUAUACGCCACUCAAUACAUGCAGAUCGGCCGUCCUGGAGCAAACACUUGCCUCAGAGGUGCUAGCAGUCCUGAAACCAGCUUCGACCCCUCCCAGGGCCGAUACAACAAAGUCUUGCAGGUACCAUCGCAAUCGGGGGCAUUCAACAGAGGAAUGCGCGGCCUUGAAAGACAAAAUUAAAGACUUAAUCAAGGAGCGUAGUCGGUCAAUAGAUAGGAGAGAGGACGAGCCUUCAGCACAACCUCGGCGAGUCAUCAACACCAUAGCCGGUGGAUUCGCUGGCGGGGGCUCAUCCUCAUCGGCCCAACGGAGACACCUGCGAGUCGUUCGGCAUGUGCAUGCAGUGGAAACAGUUCGUCGCCGCCUUCCCACCAUCACUUUCACUAAGGCCGACUUCAAAGGCAUUGACCCGGACCAGGAUGAUCCGAUGGUAAUCAGCGUUGAAAUUCACAACUGUAUUGUGCGUAAGACGUUGGUUGAUCAGGGAAGUUCAGCCGACAUCCUGUAUUGGAACAUGUUCAAGUAG